AUGGAGGAGGCGGUAGGCGGCGAAGGGCUGGAUCGGCUCCAGCGCCGCCUCGAAGAUAGCGGCGUCCACCCGAACUUCGUGACGCAGACCUUUCUGGAGGCAUCGGAGCUUGGCGAUGCGCGAUCGCUGAAAGAGCGCCUCGAUAGCCUGCCUUUGGAGGAGCGGCGUGCCUUU